AUGCAAAAAGGUCGUGGCCCGGGCCGGGUUCGCCGCGUUUUACAAAUUAUUCAAUUAGCCCCGCGAAUUAAGGUAUGCAUAUUCAUCGCUCUCUGAUACGCGUAUGUGCGCUCCGCGGCUACAUCCAACGCGCAUAAACAAUUCGUUGGCUCGCACACGCGCGUUAGACGCUCUAACGAACUCGCAGCUGCAUCCGAAAUGCAUCCGUUUUGCAACGAUGCGGACAGCAGGGGAGAGGCGGAGGGAGGCGAAGCACCGCGCCGGUUUUCCUCUCCGUGUCCGUGCGGCACAGUUGCACGAGUACGCUGCCGGAUAUGUACGCUGCCGAAACUCACUGUCCUCACUGGUAUCCAGCGUCGAGAGAGUCGUUUUCGUUCUUUUUCCAGCCCGCUAUCGUCUAUCCCUCGGUACGCGGAACGAUCGAACCUUCGUUCUUUUCCCUUUAUUUUCAUCUUGUUAAAGAUAUUUCGUCCAAAUCUCACGUGUCUCUUUCUGUCGAUUUGUACAUAAUCUGUGGUUACCAAUUCAAUUUAGUUACAGUCGUUGCUGUGGAGAAGAAGAAGGGGGGUGGAGGCUCUAGCAAAGAAGAAUUGGUCCCCGAAACGAAAGUCCCCACCGGCGAGAUCCGUCCCGGCCACGGUGCUUGUACAUCCAAGCCGUGCGCGCAUUAAUUUUGUACCGUUGUCACCGGCAGGUACAUGCGUAUUCAUGAGACACAGCGAGGCUUAUAAACGUUGAGCUAUUAGCGAUACGAUUAAAAUGUGCAUUUCUCGGCGUUGUUUUAAACGCGGGCCGCGGACCCGUGACUCCGCCCCGGUGGCACCGCGCCGCGCCUAUUUCACCUACAGCUCGCCGAUGUUUUAUUUUCCUAUUCCGCUCGCCUGCUUUAUCUACCGGAAGAAAUAAUAAUCCGGCCGUCUCGUUCCUCGCUCCGCUUUAAUCCGCGCUCUGUCUUGCCAAUUAAUUCCGCUUUUUACCAUUUUACACGGCACGCCGCGUCCACGGAUUUCACCGUGUUCCUCGCCGCGAGAUGCUCGGUCUAUCCGCCGAUCUUCCAGCGAUCGUCGAUGCUCUUUUCCUCGGAGGGAAGAACGACUCGCGUUUCUAAAGGUGGAAUUUUCCUGAUGCCUGUGUUUUUCUACCGAACGUCGUUUCCAACACGCACUGCAACGUAACACGACGAUCGAUAAAGAGGAUAAUAUCACGGUGAAACUCCGUUUUUACUCGAAUCGAAUUUCAGUUAAUUCCCGACUAAACGAACUCUUGCUUCUGGUUGACGCCACUUGUUCCUACCUGAACUUUUACUGUAUGAAUAAAAAAUCAGGGAAAAUCGGUUAUAUGAAUUCUAAUUUUGUAAACAUCACCCUCGACGAUGGUUCAGCUGUCAACAGUACAUAUAAUUGACAACAUACUUCAGAAUUCGGAUUUUCCGAAUGUUGUUACAGCUGGAUGAUUUUUAGCCUGAUAUUUGACGAUCUUUUGCAUCAAGAGAAACCUGUCUUCGUCUUUGUAAUCUGUACGUUUCUAACCUAACUAGUAAUUGUUAAAUUGUGUUCUAUUUACGAAUAGUAGUACUUAUGACAGCAAGAAUUUGACAGUAGAAAUAUCUUUUGUAACUAUUGCAAUUAUAAUUAUAAUUAUAAUUAUAAUUAUAAAAAGUCAGCUGCAAUAAGGAACGAUUUCCACCUUAA